CCCGCUCCCGCCAGGCACUGCGCGGCCGCGCCUCCCGGCAGGCUGUGCGGCGCCGUACGGCGGCAUGGCGGCGCCUGGAGCGGCGGCGGCGGCGGCGCUGGUGCAAUACGUGGUGCUGCGCGGGGACCUAGGCCGGCCGCCGCGGUCGUGGCCGCUGGGCGCGGUAGUAGCGCAGGGCUGCCACGCCGCCCUGGCCGCCGCACAUGCGCACCGGCAGCACCCCGACACCCGCGCCUACCUGGAGUUGGGCGGCGCCAUGCGCACGGUGGUGCUGGAGGCUCCAGAUGAGGCUGCCCUGACGGCGCUGGCAGAGACCCUGAAGCAGCACGACAUAGACCACGAAGUGUGGACCGAGCAGCCUGAGAACGUGGCCACCUGCCUGGCGCUCCGGCCCUACCCAAAGGACCAAGUGCAGCAGCACCUGAAGAAAUUCAAAUUGCUAAAGUGACCAGGAAUAGGCACCGGCAGCUCUCCUGGGCCAGAGCUGAGCUUGACGCUGGGAGGAGAGCUGCUGCGUCUCGGCAGUGCUGUGCUAGUGCCCAGCAGCAGGGGUGAGUUUUCCCUUGAGCAGCCCUUUGAGCUUCCCAUCCGUCUGUCUGUCCAUCCCAAUGGCUGCUGCCCCUGUGCCCGAGCUCCACAAGCGCGGCCUGGCUGCAGGCACGGCCGUCUGGCUGGCUCUGGCUCGCCCUGUGAAUUCGGCGCUGGUUCCGCUGCCGGCAUGGCUGCGCUCCGGCGCCUCUCCCACCUCUGCCUCUUGCGCCCUGGCUGCGGAGCCACGCCGGAUCGCUUUUUCCUCCUGCACCUGCGAGGCCGGUUUGUCCGUGAUCUUAUUCGCACCGAGCUGCGCGAUGAAACCCAGCGGGAGCCGCACGAACGGCAGAUGGCAGCGUUGCCCGAAGUCCAGCGCCGAUCCCCUUCUGUGCCCCGCGCCGAGACGUGAUCAGUGACAGAUCCAGCUGAAACUGAGAUUGCUCUUUCUCCUCCUCCUCCUGCCGCCGCCGCAGUCCUCCAGCUGCCUUCUCCCCCUCCCUGCCUCCCCGAGAAACCUUCCUCCAGAUUAAGAAGCCAGCAAAAUGAUUACAAAAAUAAGAAUCAUCUGUAAUUUUGGCUUGAGAAACCGACUGUCCCGCCUCGUCGCUUUGCUGACAUCCAAUGCCUUUUUUAAAAAAAAAAAAAAAAAGAAAAAAAAGGGGGGGGGAAGGAGGGAAAAAAAAGAAAAAAGGGGGGAAGGAGAAAAAAAGAAAAAAGGGGAAAAAAGGAGAAAGGAAACAAGAAGGGGGGAAAAAAGGGAAAAAAGGAACACCCCCCCCUCCCCCCCAGUAAAA